GUACUUUGCUCGCGACAUCCCGACGAAAAGCAAUCAAGACUGCCUUGAAAAUUAUCAGAAAAGAUGUAUUAUGUACCAAGAGGAGGUAACCGAGGAGGGCAGGAUCAGUUUACAUGGGAUAGUGUGAAGGGUGACAAGGAUAGAGAAUGUUAUUUAGGCCAUUCUCUGAAAGCCCCGGUUGGCCGAUGGCAGAAAGGCAAGGACCUUCAGUGGUUUAACAAGGAACGGACAGAAGGAAGAGAAUUGACUGAAGCUGAAGCAGUACGCCAAGCAGAGAAGGAGGCCCUGAUGAUAGCCUUAGGACAGAAGCCACCAGUUAAGCGACCACCUCCAGCAGAAAGUCCAGACGAAGAAGAAAGGUACUCUUCAAGCCCAAGCCCUCCACCAAAGAAGAAAAAGAAAAAGAAGAAGGCCGAACCUGGUAGUUUAGAUGAUCUUCUACUGCAGAAACUCAAAGGGAGUAAAGGGUUAGAAAGAUUGACAGAUUCAAAGAAGAAAAAGAAGAAAAAUAAGAAGAUUGGCCGGGAUACAGAUCAGUUGUCAAAGAGAAACAAGAAGAGAAAAGAAAGGCAUCACCAUAGCGAGAGUGAUUCAGAUUCUUCAGAACAAUCAGAGAGCUCUGAAGCAGAGUCCAGUGAUGAUAGAAAAAAACACAGUAAGUCAUCGAGAAAGGACAAGAGUAAAUCAUCAAGGAGAAGACGCCAGACGUCAGCUAGCGAUGAUGAGUGUGACUACCAAGAAAAGAAGGCGAAGAACAGUGACAGGAAGAAGAAACACAGCGGAGAAGAGAAGAGAGAAAGAAGGAAAGAAGGAAGGAGAGAGGAAAGGAGAGAUUAUGAAUAUAAUAGAAAGCGCAUAGUGGCCUCCUCAGACAGCGAUAGUGAAAGUAGAGAUGACAGUUACAGGAAAAAGAAGAAAAAGGAUAGAAUUACUGCUGGUCAGAAGGAUAAAACACAGAUGAACAGGAGAGGAAGGAGACAGAGUGGAGAGACUUCUAGCAGUGAUAGUGAUGACAGUUACAAAAAGAAGAAGACAAUUGAAAGGAGAAUUGCUGAUAGACAGAAGGAUAAGAAACAGGAUAGAAUUACUGGUGAUCAAGAGGAUAAAACGCAGAUGAACAGGAGAAGAAGGAGACAGAGCAGAGAGACUUCUAGCAGCGAUAGUGAUGAUGGUUACAAGAAGAAGACAACAGAAAGGAGAAUUGCUGAUAGACAGAAGGAUAAGACGGUGCGUGAUAGGAAACGGAAGAGCAUGUCUGCUGAAAGCGAUGAUGAUGAGUUACAGGGAAGGAAAGGUAAUAAACCAACCCAUCGAACAGAUAGAGAUGAAAGCAGACGAGAAAGAGAUUCCGGAAAGAUGGAUAGAAGGACAGAAAUGGAAGGGAGAAUACCGAGAGAUUCCGACGCACGAAAUGGGAAGGAUGAUAGCAGAUCUAAAAGGGUAGACAGUUAUGAACAGAAUGAUAGAAGGAAAGUCAACAGUGGCCCUUCUUUUGCCGACGUGAAGCAGAAAGGCCCUUCAAGAGAAAGACAUGACAGGGAUGAUAGAAAUAGAGAUAGGCAGGAGAGGGGUAGGAAAGAGAAAAGAAGCAGUGAUUAUGAUUCAGGAAGAAGAAGAUAUCAAUCUGCAGAGAGAAAAGAUGAUGUGAGAAUGGAAAGGAAAGAGAGGAAAGAUAGACCAGAUUCAGAUAGUAGAAGGGAUAGAAGCAAUGGAAGGGAUGGACCUGGAAGGAAAGAAGAUGAAAACAGAAAGAAGAGAUCAGGAAGCAGAGAACGAUAUCGUUCUCGGGAUAGUCAAACAUUCGGGACGGAUCUAGAAGAAAGAGGGAAGAAGAUGCUAGGUGAAUUUAUCAAGCAGAUAUGAUUUGUCAAACUCUGAAUGUGCCUCCUUUGCCAAUCGCACAGACAGCAGUUUAGGAAUUUCCGUAAAUUAACAAAAUGUAGCGCCGUGAAAAGACAUGUCCUGAACAUGAAGUUUUGCGAUGUUGGCAAAUUAAAAGUUGUAAUUUGACAAAGCUGAUGGAAAGUCUAGAUAUUGUAAAGCCUGAAGGUAGAAGAGUAUGUGUGCCAGCUUUAUGUCCUAACUAAAUUCUUCUAGUUCUACGGUAAGCCAUAAAAUCAUUAUUUUCAAUGGUUUAUGUAAUUUGCAUUCCAGAUGUAUUUGUUUGAGCCACUACAUUUCACGGAGCUACCUUAUUUGCACAAUGUGCUGUUGAAGCUACAUGUACUUAAUAAGAUACCGGUAAUAUAUUUGUUACAAAUGAAAAUACCUAAUUCUUCUGCUUCAUAUGGAAAACCAGUGCUCAACACCUAAUCUAUGUGUUGAUUACUGCCUAAUGAUUUGAUUAUAAAUGUGGUUUGAUGAUACCUAAACAAGCCUUAAACUAGAUCUGUAUAACAGUAUAGUACCUCUUAUAUUUUCACAGGGCAAGCUAAAUUUUCCUUUAGGCCAUCAUGAUCUACAGUAUUUCCCUGUGGUUGAACAGAAAUAAUUCAUACACAAUAUUACGGGUACUGUACGUUGAAUUGACUGCAUCAGUAAUGCCACUGUGAUGUUGUGCCAGACAAUUCGUCCGUUUUCUCGAAGUGACGGUAUUGAGGAAAAUUGUAACGCAAAGUGUAUGCAAUUUUCAUUCACUACCAUCACUUCAUGAAAAUAGGGACGAAUUAUCCCAUUUGUUUCUUCACACUAAAUGACUGAAAUGUCAAUAUUCAAAAUGAAUGUUUCAGGAGGGUCUUUGACAAAAAAAUGUUAAUAUAGAGAACCUAUAUAAUGAUAUGCUAUCCAUAUAGUGCCCCAAGGGAGAAGGUACUUAAAAGAAAAACAGAAAUCAAUCAUAUUUUUGUAUAUGUAUGACAAACGGGAGAGUGUCGAGACUACAUCACAAUCCGUUGAGCAAACUGCCAAUUUAAGAUUCAUAUACAUUACAUGUACCGGUACACUUAGUGAUUUCAUAUUUCAAACAUUCCUGACUCUCUUAUGAUUGGUCUGAGAGAGGUAAAAUCAACAAGAGGAUGUGGAGUCUUUUCAUUGACAUAACAGGAACAUUGUAUGACUUGUAAUUGGCCUCAGCAUAUUAAAGAAUGGACAAAGAAAGAUAUAUAUGUAUUGAAGUAUAAUGAUCAGAGUUUUUUGAUAAGUAGAAAUAUAGCUUGAUCCACUGUGUUUUGAUCCUUUCCUCUAUCGUACUUAAUAUUAGAAGAAAUUUUGUAAUUAAAUCCUGUUUACCUAUUGAUGAAUCAA